CCAGACUGCUAAGCUUCGGCUCGUUAGAGGGAGCUAUCGGCCGGAGACAGCGGGGCUUGCUGCAGUGAAGGACCUGCUACUGCCUUCGCUUCCACCUCCUCGAGAGCCAGCGAAACUUGCCGGCGAGCCGAGUUAGCCGCAAAAGAAAGAGGCGGCGUCGAGGGGUCACGGCGCAGCCUCUUCGCGGCAGUGGAGGUGGGCGAGGGCCCUGGCGGCCACCGUUAUGAAUCCGACGGGCUCCUCAGAACCGGCCCUAGGAGGAAAACCGCCUAGUCGGAGUGAAGUGCACGGGAAAUAGGGAGUGUUCCCAUCCCAUUCCGUUGGAUCUAGGCCAGCAACCUCCAUGUCCAUGAGACCGCCGUUAUCUCACCAGAGUUGCUGCCACUGCCUCCACUUCCUUCUCCUUCACCGGCAGCCACCGAUCAAGGCACCCCCCUCUACUGCUAAGGCCAUCAGGCCCACUUCUCUGGGCCCUCCUGUUCCCUUUCCUCUGCGCAGCAGAAGGAAAAGACUACAGGGUUCUGUGUGAAAAGAAUGGCUAUAACUUUGGAGAAGGCCCAAAGGGCAGGCUAUAUAUUUCUGAAAGCAUUGUUAAGAUUUAGCUUCAUGGUUGCUAAUAACCUUGUUGCUAUUCCGUCCUAUAUUCUGUACAUGAUAGUACUGCAACCUCUUCGAUUGUUGGAUAAUAAAUGGUUCUGGUAUAUCGAAGGAGUAUUAUUUAAAUGGCUUUUAGCCAUGGUGGCAUCCUGGGGCUGGUGGGCAGGAUAUACAGUCAUGGAAUGGGGAGAUGAUAUUAGAACAGUUUCAGAAGAUGAAGCUUUGAUGCUGGUGAAUCAUCAAGCAACCGGAGAUAUUUGCACCCUAAUGAUGUGCCUUCAAGACAAAGGCACGGUUGUUCGUCGGAUGAUGUGGCUGAUGGAUCAUAUAUUUAAAUACACAAAUUUUGGAAUUGUAUCUCUGAUUCAUGGAGACUUCUUUAUAAGACAGGGAAAAGCUUAUCGUGACCAGCAGCUUGUACUCCUCCAUGAACAUCUAGAAAAAUAUUACAGGAGCCGUAGUCGCAAGUGGAUUGUAUUGUUUCCAGAAGGUGGCUUUCUUAGAAAAAGAAGAGAAACCAGUCAGGCAUUUGCAAAGAAAAACAAUUUGCCAUUUCUUACAUAUGUCACACUGCCAAGACUGGGAGCCACACAAGUUAUACUGAAAAAUCUGGUAGCUCAGCAAGAAAAUGGAACUUUGACGGGUGAAAAGGUUCCUGUAUCAGAAAGUAAAUCAAACGGUCUUCAGUGGGUGAUAGAUACAACUAUUGCAUAUCCCAAAGCUGAGCCCUUAGACAUUCAGACAUGGAUUCUUGGCUACAGGCGGCCAACAAUUACUCAUGUACAUUACAGAUUGAGGGAGAAGUUUCAAUAUACUGGUUACAGAAGGAUGGGAUGUGUUUUACUUGUUUGGAAUCAAAAUGCAGGACCCAAAAGAAAUAACCAAGGCUUAUUGAAGUGCUUAUUAAACAGCACAUGCUGGUGGGAUUCCUUCCAAAGAAUAUUGAGAGAGACUCCACCCAAUAAAGGUCUGUCUGCCUGUCAGAAAGACAGGGGAAACUAAUACAUAAGCUGCAGACAAUGUAAGCAUACAUAUUCAUAGGUAAAGGAUCUUAAAUUACUAUAGGUAAUGGAUCUCAGUUACUUCCUGGCCUGCUUAUUUUCAGGAAACCAAAAUUGAGGAAUAAAGCAAUAAAAAUGAGAGGAAAGCGUCUUCUAUAAAUCAAGAAGAGAGGUCAAUUUGGGAAUGCCAGAUGCCAAACAGAAAACAUCUUUCAUUUUCAAAUCUAUGAGAAUUUUAUAAUAAGAUAACAUUGUGGUUCAAAAGUCAGUAUCCUUAUACCUUUCUAUGUUAACUUGACUUAAUUGAUUCCAUUAAUCUAAUAUUGAUUUUCUUAAACUUAUUCUUGCUUUUGAAGGCUUGUUAUUUCUUUUUUAGCAUAAAUCCUGCAUUUCUGGUACUGGGCUUAUUGCAACAGUACCCCAGUGAUGAGCCCUUCUGAGAUAGGAAGUAGAAUGUAAGAAUGUACAGCCAUAAGACUGUGCAUAAUGCAUGUAAGAACCCAGAUUCGCAGAGCCAGGAUGCUCUCAACGAAACUAAACAAAAUUAAGAAUAAGAGACAUUGUAUAUAAUGAGGUUGGUGCUUUCAAGCCGAGAGCUUCUCAAAUUUCUAAUUUAUAUAAAAUUAAGUAGCUAUUCCAUCAUAUCUUUGUCAAGAAAAAUAAAAGAAAAAUGUGACACAGAACACAAAAGUUCACAAGUAGCAAAUGGCAUAAUUUUUUCAAGUUUCACCAUGUCUGAAUCAUAUAAAUAUAAUAUAACAUGAAAGCAUUAGGCAGAGAUAGUAUUGUGUAUAUUAAUUUUUCUUUUAUAGUACUUGUCUUCCUAAACCAAGGCAAAUAGAAAAUAAAAUCAGAGCUAGAAAAAUUUCAGAGAUUAUCAGUUUUGAGGUUCAGGUUCUUGUUAUCAGCCCUUUUAUAUUUAUUACAUAUUUAUUGUUAUGAAUAUUUAAUUGCUGAUACUCUUUUUCAGAAUCUAGACAAGAGAUAUUUAGUACAAGAUUUAAAUCAGUUUUAUGUUUACAAAAUGCAGAGGUCUCUGAAGGUAUAAAUUACAGCUCUUAGUGAAAUAUAGGCCAGAUGCUAGAGUUUGAACUGAAACUCAGAAUUAAUGUCUAUUUUCUUAAAUUAAAUUGAAGAAUAACUAUUAUUCGAUAGUUCAACUGCCCCAAUAAUUGGUGAUUUUUAAAAAAUGUAUCCUUUGAAUAAUAUUAAUAAAUAUUAGAUUUUGUUAAAAAAUAAAUUGUAAAUAUUGAAACAUACUCAAUCCUGAUGGAGUUCAAAGCAAA